AUGCCAUUCAGUUCAAUUACUGAAACAGUUCCAACUGUUGAGCCUGUGGUGACAGCAACUAACACGGCUACGGUAACUCAAAUCAUUGACACCUACGUACCAGUGGAACCAACCCCUACUACAUUCAAUAGCACGAUUACCGAAAUCCCAAGUACUGAAACGGCAACUUCGCCACUCAAGAAGCAUACGCUACUCGCUCGAUCUACACAAAAACGCACUUCAAAGUUACCCGCUGAUGACAAUCAAGUACAUCCUCAAUCAAGUGUCUCAAAGAAAUCUAAUGGUGAUGAAAAAAAUCAAAGAUCACAACCAGCUACCGAUUCUGCUGGUGAGUUUGAUUUUCAAUCGAGUGGCUCAAAGAAAUCUAAUGGUGAUGAAAAUCAAAGAUCACAAUCAGCUACCGAUUCUGCUGGUGAGUUUGAUUUUCAAUCGAGUGGCUCAGAGAAAUCUAAUGGUGAUGAAAAUCAAAGAUCACAAUCAGCCACCGAUUCUGCUAGUGAGUUUGAUCCAGAAGAAAUACUGUUCGCAGAUGUGUCAAAUUAUGAAUCAAAUAUUGAACACAAUAUCAACAUUGAAUCAGAAUUUGAUGAAUCUGAUGAAUACGAUAAUACUGAUAAAACCGAUAUUGAUAGUCAAGAACUUUUCGGUGUUCUAACUCAACUUCUAACAAGAUCAACCCAUGAUAAAGUGUUACCAGUGGCUCGGGAAGCUGAAACUGGCUGUCCACCAGGGGAGAUGUUUGUGGAGUACAUCUACGAGCACGAUAUUUACAAUCAAGUUUUUAAUUCAGCCUUGCAAUAUCGAAGUUCACCUGUUUUACUAAGUCUUCAAUCUGAUAUCAAUGAUUGGAUAGUCGAAGAAAUAUAUAAACAUAACUUGGCAGCUGAUGUCAAUGAUCCAGUGCGUAUUUUACGCAUCGUAGAUAUCAGCAAGGAAUACAACAAUAAUCCUGCAGUUCGAUAUUAUGUUUCACUUGUGAUUCGAAAAACACAAAUUCCAAUAAUUCGACGUGUUUUCGCGUUGAUCUUCGAUAAACUUCAACGACAAUAUUUUUCUACACCGAAUAGUGAGGUCGAUUGGAGCAGCAUGGUUUCAAUACCAAUCCAAUAG